AUGGGAUACCGUACUGUCGCCUACUUCGUCAACUGGGCCAUUUAUGCCCGCUCGCACCGACCCCAGGACCUCCCCGCCGAGAACCUCACCCAUGUACUCUACGCAUUUGCCAACAUCAAGCCUGAUGGUGAAGUCCAUCUAACCGAUGCUUGGGCUGAUACCGACAUUCACUGGGACGGCGACUCGUGGAACGAUGUCGGUACCAACCUUUACGGAUGUUUCAAGCAGCUCAAUCUCUUGAAGAAGCGCCACCGCAACCUUAAGGUUCUACUUUCCAUCGGAGGCUGGACCUACUCCCCCAACUUCAAAGGACCUGCGAGCACCCCCGGAGGCCGCCAGAAGUUCGCCGAGACGGCUAUUGACCUUCUCAAGAACCUAGGCCUUGACGGCCUUGACAUUGACUGGGAGUACCCUGCAAAUGAAGCUGAGGCCGCAGACUAUGUUGAGCUCCUCCGGGUAUGCCGCCAGGCCUUGGAUGCCUACGGAAACAGCCUACCCACACCCUAUCAUUUCGAGUUGACCGUGGCGAGUCCAUGCGGAACUGAGCAUUACCAAAGGAUGGACCUCAAGGGCAUGGACCAGUAUCUGGACUUCUGGAACAUGAUGGCUUACGAUUACGCUGGCGCCUGGAACCCCGUUACGGCCCACCAAGCCAACCUCUACCACUGCGCGGAGAAGCCCGAGUCCACCCCAUUCUCCACACAGGCCGCCGUCGAUUACUAUGUCAACGCGGGCAUCCCCCCUAACAAGUUGGUCAUUGGAAUGCCGCUGUACGGCCGAUCCUUUGCAAACACCGACGGUGUCGGCCGGCCCUAUCAGGGUGUCGGCCCGGGCACCUGGGAGCAGGGUGCUCACGACUUCAAGAAGUUGCCCCUCGAUAGUGCCGAGGAAGUCGAUGAUCCUUCCGUUGGCGCGAGCUACUGCUUCGAUCCUAACACCCGCACUUUCGUUAGUUACGACACAGUGCCCAUGGCUAGGACGAAAGCGGAGUAUAUCAAGGAGCGGGGUCUUGGAGGUGCGAUGUGGUGGGAGAGCAGCGCCGACAAGUCGGGCGAUCAGAGUAUCAUUGGGAACGUGGCGGAUGCGUUUGGUAGUGGAGGCGGUUUGUUGACGGGUGAGAACUGCAUCACUUAUCCCCACUCCAAGUACGACAACUUGAGGAAUGGAUUUCCUGGCCAGUGA